AGGACCAACUGGCUGCGAACUGUAGCAACAAGACACUGCAAUUCAUACCCUCAAAUUACAGUCAAACCAUCACCAAACUAAUUCUGAGCAAUAACCUCAUAGAGCUGUCCAGCGCUGAUGAAGCUGCUCUGAGGAACUACUCCAAUCUGAUUGAGCUCCAUCUAGAUGGUAACAGGUUGACUGACCUGCCAGGGAAGCUGUUUGAGGCCAUGUCAAAGCUGGAGGUCCUCAACCUGUCCCACAAUAACAUCAGUAGAGUGGAGCCGAAGGCGUUGGCUGGCCUGGUUAACCUGAGGGAGCUGGACCUGUCCUACAAUCGUCUACAGUCACUACCUCUACAUCUACUGGAUGAUUUAAAGAAGCUGUCUGUCCUCAGGCUCGGGGGGAACACACUGCGGGACUUAGACAUCUCUGUGGAGAGGAAUACAUUGAAGGUGCUAGAUCUGAAGGAGAAUCCCUGGAACUGCUCUUGUGUAUUUCUCAACCGGAUUAAAUCGAUUACCGACUCAAAGGACCAGAUAAGAGUCUCAGAUGCCACCUGCGCCAGCCCUGAGGACCUGUCCGGUAGAGGGAUAAUGGACAACGGUACCAGCUGCUUUUCAGGGUCAUCAUCAACAACAACACUUCCCCCACCUACAACUCAGUCAACCACUAAGCCAAACUCAGCCCAGACCACUACACACUCAGUGUUACUUGCAGUUACUACAAAUGCAAACCUCGUCUUAACAGGCGUGGACCGUGGCAGUGGGGUGCCAGUGGUGGGGAACACCUGGAAGUUUCUCCUGGGUGUGAUAGCCAUCGCCCUGACCACCUCUAUGCUCCUCGUGUGUGCCGUCAAGUCCCCGUCCUGGUACAAGCUGCUGUUCAACUACCGGCACCAGCGGUUGAGAGAUGAGGAGGAUGCUGACGUGUACACUACGGGACGCUACUCUACUUUCAGCUUGGACACGGAGCAAACGGAGACCAGCGCCCAUGAGCUGGACCACGGGCUAGACGAGUUGGAUAACGAGGAGGAUGGAUACAUAGAGGACCGCUAUAUAGAGACUGAGGUCUAUGAAGACAACACAGAACCAUAAUGCUCUCUGAGCUGCUCCCAGACUUCUGGUUGUGGUUAUGUCAGUUUGAUUUGAUUUGAUUUGGAUAUUUUUCAGUCCUCGUUUGGACUAAUCUUUCAAGAGUCCUGAGUUUGGGUAUUGUGACAUCAAAAUGAUCCCUUUCCAUUGAAAUAAUUGGACGAUAAAUGAUUCUAUUCUACUCUAUUCACUGAUAGUAUCAGAAGGCCAUGGUUGUCCGUCCGUAACCCAUGCAUAACCUGCUGCCACUGAUGAUCAUUUAUUGUUUGGUUUGACAAAAUGUGCCCCUAAAAGUUGUGUACAUUUGUAAAUAUUUGCAAGUUUUGAAAAUGUUGGAAUUCAGUGAAAGGACCGACCAUGUGAGGUGUUUUGAGGUCAUGAUUUAGGCUACUUGCAAAGUUCUACUGCCGGAGACAUAGUGUAGGUAAUCAACGUUUUGUCUUAUUAAAUAUAUAUUUGAGUA